AUGGAGGCCGAUGCUGCAAAUAUGGGCGAGUCCAUUGCCGACGUCGCAAAGCAAUGUAGGGCGUCUUUAAAAACGUGCCUGAAUAUCCUGCCACUAAAUGAAGACUAUUGGGCGGAAGCAAGACUAACAGAGUUCCAAAAUUGGACUUCUACCGCGGGCGUUUUUGACGCCAAAAGAGUUUCACUCGACUCAGAGCUAGCGUUUGAGCCGGAUACCAAGAAUACUAUUGUCGACCUCCUCAUGACUCUGCGAAAUUGUAUUCAAGAGUGCCAAAAGAGUGACGAAAAAGAAGUCAACUAUGAUGGGGCCGAUAUUACGGGUAGCGAAGACCAACAAGAUCUCCCACCAACUGAUGAUGCGGAUAUGACAAGCCCGACAGCAAGCCUAUUUUCUUCGUGGUCAGAUGACUCGGAUGUGUCACCAUCAAAGUCAUGCGAUGAAGACGACUCGGAUCCGCCAUCAUCAGAGUCAGGCGAUGAAGACGACUCAACCUCGGCUUUCGACAAGGACAUGUCCCCUCUGGGAUCAGCAAAGAGCGAGGUAUACGAGCUCCUUCGCCAACUAAGGGAGCUUACCGUGGCUAUGAAAAAGUCUAAGCCAAAUCCUAGGUUACAGAAGGCAGACACAACUUUCCAACCGACAGAGCAUGAGGAGUUGCGCGACUACCUUGCCGGCAUCGUUCUUGCGCAAGGCUUCGAAAAGGGCCGACAGCGUUGCGAUGUUGGCCGCAAGUCGCUGACGCCUUUGCAAGAUCGACUGAUCAUGGCUAAUCUCAGACGGCGCCAUAGGUUCUUGUUUGCGCAACGGGAUGCUGGAAAUUUCGAGAGUGAUCCUCAGAACACCGGCCGCAAGUCCACGAGACCAUUUCCCACAGCCAACAUGCGCUAUCCUCGUCCUCCAAGUCUACGGAUAGGAGAGACGUGCUUUCGUUGCCCAUAUUGUUGCCAAAUGCUUCCAGCAAUGUUUCAAAUGAAAACUCAUUGGAAGCAAGCAGAUCCCUUGCCAGCUUGA